AGGUUGGUUGUGUGUCGGGCGGGGGAUGAUAUAACACGAAAAAGGCUUUUAAUUUUUUUAUUUUCCACCAUUUUGGAUUUGGAUUUGGAUCCAGGCCUGGCCAGCUCUGCAUUUCUUUCUCAUAUGACCAACACUUGAUUCCUCUGCUAAUUACACUUUUAUUAUUUCUAUCAAAAAACACUCUCCUGUCUGGCUGUCUAUCUGUCUGUCACUUGGUUCAUUCCUGUGUGAACGUGCAUAUCUGAUUAUCGAGGUCCCUGCUCCUGCACAUGAAACAUGAACAUGAAGAGUUUUCAUUUUGUAAGUUCUAUUAUGUUUCAUGAAGAUGGGAUGUAAGUCUUGGUACAUAUAUCGGGAUGGCAUAUUACUUGCCAUAAAAUUUCCAAAACUUCAGAAAACAUGGUAUUUAGCGGAAUUACAGAAGUUUUUUCUUCUGCUGCAAAUCGUUUCUCUCCAAAAGCUUCUACUAGUCAAUACACAUCGUCUGAACUGCCGCCUCUGAGUGGUCCUGUUCGUGGUUCCAUUCUUCCCGGCUCUAGAUUCAAGAACAAUCUAAGACUCUCCUCAUCGCUCCAAGAUUUUUCUGCAUAUAGUCGACUUGAUCCAGAAGAAGGAAACUUUAAUCUUGGAACCGAAACUAACCAGCAUCAUUUGUUAAGAGAGGAUGGCAAUUUAAGCUUCUCAAAGGAGAAAUCAGCACCACGGUCUACUGUAAAACAAAGAAAAUGGCAUCGACCAAUCAUGUUUCUCCUCUGUUUUCUGCUGUUUGCUUCUAUUAUAUAUGGGUUGCUACAUAUAUAUCCUAAUUGGUCUCAGCAAUCCACCAGAUACUUUGUUGUACUCGAUUGUGGUAGCACGGGCACACGGGUUUUCGUAUAUCAGGCAUCUACCAACCACCAAAAAGAUGGAAAUCUUCCAAUAUUAUUGAAAUUGAUACCUGAAGAUCUUCAAACUAGACCUAGUUCACAGAGCGGGCGAGCGUAUAAGCGCAGGGAGACUGAGCCUGGGUUUGACAAGCUGGUUCGUAAUAUAACUGGCUUGAAUCAAGCUAUAAACCCACUUCUCGACUGGGCCAAAAAGCAAAUCCCCGAGCAUGCACAUAAAACCACGUCAUUGUUUCUUUAUGCAACAGCUGGCGUUCGCCGGUUGCCCACUUCUGACUCAGACUGGCUUCUCGACAAUGCUUGGACCAUUAUGAAAAACUCAUCCUUUGUGUGUGAAAGGGAGUGGGUGAAAAUCAUUAGUGGCAAAGAAGAAGCAUAUUUUGGAUGGAUAGCUUUAAACUAUCAUACUCGUAUGCUCGGUGCUAGCCCAAAGAAAGAAACAUAUGGUGCACUUGACUUGGGUGGUUCAUCAUUGCAGGUGACAUUUGAGAGCAACGACUAUGCUAACAAUGAGACUAGCUUAAACCUUAGUAUUGGUCCCGUGAACCAUCAUUUAAGUGGCUAUUCUCUUGCAGGUUAUGGUCUUAAUGAUGCUUUUGAUAAAUCUGUUGUUCAUAUCCUAAAAUCAAGUCCCGAAUUAACUAAACUUGAUAUAGUUGAAGGAAAAGCCGUCAUAAAACAUCCUUGUUUGCAAUCGGGGUACAAUGAAAGAUACAUUUGCUCCAUGUGUCGGUCUGCAUUUCAAGAUGAUAAAACCCCAAACUCUGGGAUCCCAGUCCAGUUAAUUGGUGCUCCAAAAUGGGAAGAAUGCAGAAAUUUAGCAAAAAUCAGUGUCAAUUCGUCAGAAUGGUCAAAGAAAAGUCCAGCAAUUAACUGUGCUUUGCAGCCGUGUGCGCUUCAAGACAACCUACCACGUCCAUAUGGGCAGUUUUAUGCCAUGUCAGGCUUUUUUGUGGUUUAUCGGUUUUUCAAUUUGAGUGCCCACGCUCCACUUGAUGAAGUUUUAGAGAAGGGUCGGGAAUAUUGUGAAAAGUCAUGGGAUGUCGCGAAAAGUAGUGUGCCGCCUCAGCCUUUUAUAGAGCAAUAUUGCUUUAGAGCACCAUAUGUUGUGUUAUUAUUGAGAGAAGGUUUGCAUAUAAAAGAUAAUCAAGUUAAUAUUGGUUCUGGAGGUAUUACUUGGACGACUGGGGUUGCACUUUUGGAGGCCGGAAAAGAACUUUCUACCAGAGUGGGGAUUUAUAAUUUCAAGUUCUUUCAGAUUAAGAUGCAUCCUCUCAUUCUUUCCGUCAUUUUGGUGGUUUCGUUGGGCUUACUAGCGUGUGCAUUGUUAUAUGUUGGUAAAUGUGUUCCACGGUUCUUUCGUAGGCUAAGUUUACCUCUUUUUAGGCGCAGAAAUGCCUCAGGAAGUUCUGUUCUCAAUAUAUCAAGUCCUUUCAGUUAUCGGCGUUGGAGUCCUAUUAUUACAGGAGAGGGAAGAAUCAAGACACCCCUUAGCCCGGCGGCACGUUCCCAGACCAGACCUUUUGGCACUGAUAUCCAGCUUGCAGAGUCUUCACUAUAUUCAUCAUCUAGCAGCAUCACACAUAGUAUAUCAUCAAGUAGCUUGGGACAGAUGCAGUUCGACAAUGCAUUCUACCCUUCACCUCACAGGAAUCAAAUGCGCUUGCAAAGCAGACGAUCCCAAUCUAGAGAAGACCUAAUUUCUUCUCUUUCGGAUCCACAUUUAGGGAAAGUAUAAGAUAUCUUGUAUGGUUUUCCCAUUUGAAAACCAGUCUAUCAUAAAAGAUUCUCAUAGCAAUUUUAAACAGAUAGAGGCUGCGAGACCAAUUCUACAAAUACGACACAUUACCCUUUGGUACCUGGAAGUUGAAUUAGCAUUGGACCACUUUUGAGAUAUUUACGAAUCUACGCUCAGAGAAGGUGUAUUUGUAAAGAUAUUGUACAUUUGAUACAUAGUCGAGUAGAAGAAUUGGUGUUGAGUUAGCUGAAACAUAUUUUGACCCUUUUUGUGCAGCAUUGGAUAGCAUUUGUUCAACUGCAGCCAGACAAGAGUCUAUACUUUAAUUUCGUAUCAUCUCAACAAUUUUGAUAUGUGAUCUCAAGUUCAACAUUAUUGAUUUA